UCGUCUAUGACAUCAUCCGGUGACAUCACACAGCAACGGGGCCAAACAUUAUAACAUCUCCUAUUAACUCCUUCUGGAAAAGGCCUAUCAGGAGCUUAAGGAAUAUGAAGAAGGCCUCAUGAGAACAGACCAGAAAUACUGCCCCCUAUAGACAUACUAAGGCAUAUCCGGGUCAAGUGUCCACCAGGAAAAUCUGACAUAUGGCCACUUAUGGGGAAGGGGAGAUCAGCCCCCUCUACCGACCUGCCAGGAAUAGUCAGGGCUCAGCAGAGGAGCAGCAUUGGGCACCAGUCAUCAUGGCCGUCACCAUACAUAAUGCCCGGGAGGACCGGGAGCAGAGCAUUGUGAGGAUUUCUCCCCUAACAUUAUGGAGGUCAAUGAGAGUUGUGUAUGUGAGGGGCCAUAGAGAAAUGGGGGACGUAAUGAAAGGAGAGCAAAGAGCAGGCGGGCCGGCAGGAAUAAAGGUGACGGACUGUUCUAAUGGAUCUCAACGGGGAGGACGCUGAUUUCGAUGGCUCGUACCAAGAGCCAGAAAAUCCAGAGAAGCCAAAAAUUGCGAAUGGAGAGAGUCCUCUAGUAGCGGUGAUACAGGCCUGGGCUCCGGACAAUGAUCAGCCCAUCCAGGGCCUGGAGGAGAUGAUCUCUGACAUUAUACUGAUGCCGUACCUCUCCGGAUUUACAUACGACUCAAACACAAAAACAUUUGAUAAAAAAUUAAAGGAAUUAAACAUGGAAAGCUUCCGAUUGUCCAAGCUCAGCCUCACAGACGUCUUAAAGAUGGGACAUGAAGAUCUAAAGAGAAUGGUGCCUCAGAGGAUUGAGGAGGUUCCUUGGUGCUUUCUGCAGAACCUCUUGGCACUGAACAGCAGUGCCAGGAACACAAGAUUUGACCAAUCUCGGAAUACAAAGCUAAGCCCACAGCUGGAUGAGGAGAUGGAUUUCAUAGAUUAUGAUAUGGACAGUUCCAGCUCUGUCCACCCUCUGGACGUUCUGUGUGUUCUCCUUCAUUGUUCCGACAGCUUCUUGCAGCAGGAGAUUGUGACCAAAAUGUCCAUGUGCCAGUUUGCUCUUCCUCUUCUUCUUCCGGCUGGUUAUGGUCCAGAUAGCACGACUUUCCUGUUGUGGGCAAUGAGAGAUCUUGUGAAACGAUGGAGACCUCAUUCCAUGGUGAACAGUAAAGGAUGCCGAGAAGACAAUGUGGUGAACAUUCCAAUGCCCGUCUUCUCUUUCGUCAGGCUGGGGAGAUGCAAUUUGUCCAAGUCGAGAAUUCUAAACUGUGUUCUAAGUUCAGCUCAACGACAUCACGAUUUCUUUGUCCACCAGAACAUGGAUGGUGCAAAUGUUUUAAGGGAAAUAUCUGAUGGGUUUGUGGAGAUUGCUUGGUUCUUCCCUGGAGGACAAGAAAACCUGGACAUAUUCCCAGAUCCAAUUGCAGUGACCAACCUCAGAGGGGACCUUGAGUCCAAUUGGGAACAGUUUAGCUUUCUAACCAGGGUGUCCACAGCUGUAUUCAUCUUUAUUGAGAGUAUAGAGGAGAGGCAAUACCAACUCCUAGCCAACAUGGAGGAAACAAACACAAACUACUUCAUUAUCAUCGCUCCGCCAUCUAGAAGUAUAAACGGGGAGACACAAACAUAUGUAAAGAUGUUGUAUCCCAUCCUAAAAAUCAACCGAAAACACGUCUUGGUAAAGAACAGCGCAGUAAAUGAUGCAGAACUAGUAAAAAAAUUACAGACAAUUAUUACAGAUCUGAUUAAGUCUUCUUCUUGCUACAUUACUCUGGAGGAGAUGUCACACAUUGCAGAGGAUCUUGGGAUCCAUGUAGACGAGAGCUCAGAAGAGCAUCAGGACACCAGGAAACUUGCUCUCGAGAUUACGAAGGACAUCAAGGAUGUUGUCCAAUAUAAAAGUGAAACAAUGAGGCUGCAAGGAGAUCUGUGGCAGCAGUUGUCCAAAACGGAGAAGGAAAUGUGUAGGAUGAAAGGACUGGGCAGUGGUAACGCAGAGGACUACAAAACCAAACUGGCCAAGAAAUGUUCAGAACUUAGGAAGCAACAACGUGAGCUUGGUGUCCCCAAGGGGAUAGUCAUGUUCCUCAAAGCAAUUAAGAACUUGACUCACGUUGAGAAACGCUACUUUCUCAGAUGGAUGAAGUUCUACCUUGACUCUAUCUCUCGAAAGCACCUGAGUUCUAUACAAGCAGAGUACAGAGAGUACUAUUAUAACUUGAGUGCCAAUGUAGACAAGUUGAAAGAAUUAGAUCAGAUAUUAUUAAACAGUUCAUUGGGGGUAGAACAUUUUAUUAGAGAGGUAGGGCAGAUCUAUGAGGCUCAAUGUAUCGCGGCAAAAAACUGUAUAGGAUAUGAAAAUGCAUUAUAUGAAAUCCCAGGAAUAGCUGCCGAUCUCCUGUUGGACGGAUUCCCAUUGGAGCUGAUUGAUGGAGAUGCCUCCAACAUUCCCUUACAGUGGAUAACUGAUGUCCUGACUGAGCUGGAUGAGAAGACCGGAGGACAAUGUAGGAUGAGAGUGAUAACUGUGCUGGGAGUGCAGAGUACUGGGAAGUCCACCCUUCUGAACACCAUGUUUGGUCUACAGUUCCCGGUGGCCAGUGGACGAUGCACACGAGGAGCAUUCAUGACCCUUCUUAAGGUGAGGGAGAACUUCCAGGAGGAGAUUGGCUGUGAAUUUAUUCUGGUGAUUGACACCGAAGGGUUGAAAGCUCCUGAAUUGUCUUCACUUGAUGAUAGUCAUGAACAUGACAAUGAAUUGGCCACAUUAGUGGUUGGGUUGAGUGAUAUCACUAUAGUCAACAUGGCCAUGGAAAAUACAGCAGAAAUGAAAGAUAUUUUACAGAUCGUGGUCCAUGCUUUUCUAAGGAUGAAGGAAGUUGGCAAAAAACCCAAUUGUCAGUUUGUCCAUCAAAACGUGAGCGAUGUCUCCGCCCAUGACAAGAAUAUGAGAGAUAGGAAGAAACUUCUGGAACAGUUAGAUGAAAUGACAAAAGUAGCAUCAAGAAUGGAAGAAAAAGAUAAUGUUGAAAAAUUUUCUGAUGUCAUGAACUAUGAUCCCGAGGAGCACAGCUGGUACGUUCCUGGACUUUGGCACGGGGUUCCACCUAUGGCUUCUGUCAACACAGGAUACAGCGAGAAUGUUUUUGAACUGAAAAGACGCUUGUUUGAAUUCAUGAAAAAGCUGCGAUGGUCAAGAAGAUCCCAAAACAUAACAGCAUUCAUAAAGUGGGUAAAAAGCUUGUGGAACGCUGUGAAGUAUGAAAACUUUAUCUUCAGCUUUAGGAAUAGUCUGGUGGCCGACGCUUACAACCAACUUACAACAAAAUACUCAGAGCUGGAAUGGAAAUUCCGAAAAGCAAUGUACACGUGGAUGAUCGAGGCCGAGAACGAAUUAUCAAACCAGUCGGCUUUGGAAUUGGAGGAUGACCCCUGGUCUGGACUUAGGGAAGACAUGCAGCAAGCACUGCAGCAAGAAGAAAGAGACAUGUUAGGAGAACUGGAGAAGUAUUUUGAGAGUGGGAACAAGUAUGUGCAUCUGGUAGAGAGGUACAAGGAGGACUUCUUUAAAAGUGUGCUGACUCUCAGAAAUGAAAUUGAAGAUCAUUUGGAAAUGAAAUGUGAGGAAGCAAUCCGCAUACAGAGAGGGAAGCACCAGAUACAAUUUGUUCAGAGCACCUACCUAAAGAUCAUUGAAGAGAAAGCCACCAGCCUCCUGGACACCUGUAAGAGUAUAAAACGUCAACUCAGCAAUGAAGAACUUGAAUAUGAGUUUGAGAAAAUGUGGAACGAAACCAUCUCGGGAUUACAGCUCAGCAACUUAAAAAAACACAAUGUCAGCCGUGAGAUGGUAGAACAACUGAGGAAGGACAUGAGGCACAAAGCUGGUUACAUCAACGAGAAGCUCAAUGACAUACAAAGUGUGGAUGGAUAUGGCCAGAAGGGGUUGAGCUUGGACAAGAAAUACAUUCAACCCAGCUUCCAUGAAAGUAUGCCAGAAGCUAAUCUUGCAGACUACUGGAAUAAGGUGAACAAUCUUAUGGCCUCCUUAAAAGACCAGUGCAGUUUACAUGUAACCGAGCAGGUAAAUACAAUGAAGGAUUACCACCAGACCUACAGCCAAGAGCUGCUAAACAUCAUAAAUGAAAGGCUCAACCAGGAUGAUAUAAAAAGCCUCCACCUCACUCCACUAUUCGAGCUGGACCUGAAGCUUCACAUCUUGGGUCGGACUGCCCCCUUAUUCCAGACGAAGCACAAUGUUUUCUUCCAAGAGAACAACAUGAGGUUUUACCUGGAGAACCUGAAACCUCAAUACUUCUCCAUGUUCAGAAAUAUUUACCAUGAAAAAGAUGAAUCUCAGCUCCGAGCGCAGCGAUUCUGUGAGGUUUGUCUGAAACCUUCUCUCACCGACUACGUGUAUAAAAACCUGGGUGGGGAAAUUGUAACCGACAUAUUAACAAGUGGCGACUCCAUCCAGUACAGCAGCAGGACCUUCUUUCAGUACACCUUGCUCAAGGAGCUCCUGGAAAACUCGGAUUUCACUCAGUUUGUCAAAUACAACAAUCACUAUGAGACUUUUGUGAAGACUUGGAUAGUAAAAUACAUCACAAAGAGAUAUAAGGAGUCCGCUUCUUUGGAGUCCUUAAAGUCAAAUAUCUUGGCCUCUAUUACAAGAAAGAUUAGACAAGUCCUCAAACACCCAAACGUGACCGAAACAUCUAGCGUGUCCCAGUGUUUGAAGACCUUUUGUGCCAUGCUGAAGAAGGACUUGGUCAUAGCACAGAAUGAGAUGAAGGUCAUUGUAUUUAAGAAUAAUGCCAGUCCCAUUCAGUUCAUAGCAGACAUUGAAACGUUCCUUGAAGGGGUAGAGAAACAAAUUAUUACAGAAGUCAAAUAUUUUACAAUCGACUACGUCCUCUCCAAGUCAUUGGUGAAGCCUCAGGAUGAGCUGUUCAAGAAGGUGUUUGGAUGUGGAAAGCAGUGCCCAUUCUGUAAGGUGCCGUGUGAGGCCGGAGCGGCUAGCCACAAGGAGCACUUUGCCUCCGUGCAUCGUCCACAGGGGUUAGGAACGUACAGGUCCACGGAAUCUAAAGCACUGUCCCACUCCAUAUGCUCCACCGAUGUGGUUGGUAACACGACCUUCCUAAAUGCUGACACAGAAUGGAAGCCUCGUCUCUUCAAAGAAUACCGUAAAUUUUACCCCGAUUGGAGCAUACAGCCCGACGCCACCAUCGGGGCCUCAGAUUACUGGAAAUUCGUCUUUAAGAAGUAUAAUAAACAGUUUUCAGAUUAUUAUAAUGCCAAGCAGGCCGAGCUGCCAGAAGACUGGUCUCUGAUCACCAAAGAGCAAGCGCUCCAAAGCCUAAAGGAGUCCUUCAACAUGAGGUGAAGGGACCAGAGCGGACAUUGUGUCUCCACGCGGAAGAUCCAAGACGAAGCAGAUGGGAUUCUCUUCACUCCCUUUCUCCAGCUAUUGUAAAUUGAACUCAUUGUUCUCUAGUUUUGGUGACCGCUCUCCGGUGGAGGGAUCUUUCUAAAGCAAUUUCUGUUAAAAUAAAGUAUCUACAGCAGUGUUCUCCAACCUGAGCUCCU